CGGGUUUCGUUUCCCGCCAAAAAAAAACCCGCGCAAUGGCCGACGUCUUCUCACGCGCCGUGGCCCACAAAGUGAGCCGGGCGCGAUGGCGCCCCGCGACCCCCGGCUCCCUCGCGGCGCCCUCGGAAUUCGCCACAGGCAGCUGGGACGCGCAGCACGAGAACAAGGUUUGCCUCUGGUCGCUGUCGGAGGAGGCAGCCGGGGAGCCCAGAGCUGUGUGCGAGGCCAAGCACAGCGGGGACGUCAUGGACAUGCAGUUUUUGGAUCGGCAGAGCGUUAUAACUGCCUCUUCGGUGGGAUCGCUCGCAAUCCUGACGAUACAGGACAACGACAAGACCCUACAGGUGCCUCUCUGCGUGCCCGUGCACGAUGGCGUUUGCACGUCCGUGUCGGCGCGGGGUCAGCAGGCGGCGUCCGUGGGCGAGGACGGCCGCUUGGCCCUCGUGGACGUCGCCGCGGCAACCGUGCUGCGUCUCUACGACUGGGCGGACUGCACGUCUCUGCAUGCCGUGCGGCACGCCACCUCAUCGGGCGUCCUCGCCGUCAACUCGGUGGGGCAGCUGAAGCACUGGGACCUGCGCAGAGACAACCUCGAGCCCACUGCCAUCAUGUCCUCGCCAGGUUGCCGCUGGCCCCUGCUGUGCGUGUGCGUGCACCCCGGCCAGCCGCACGUGGUGGCCGUGGGCGGCGAGGACGGCACGCUGCAGCUGUGGGACGUGCGGCAGCAGCAGGCGCCCACCGCCCUCCUGCAGGGACACACGGCCGAGAUGUGGGAGGUGCAGUUCCACCCGACGGCACCCGAGAACCUCUUCACGUGCUCGCAGGACGGCUCCCUGUGGCACUGGAGGGUCAACGAUGGCUUCUCGCGGCCAGCCAUGAGGCCGGGUACCGUUCCCGCUCCUCCCGGCACGAUGGCGGCCGAGACGACUCCGUCCGGACGUGGAGGGGGAGGAGGAGGAGGUGGAGGAGGAGGAGGAGGCUGCGGCUGGCUGGGAGACCCCUCCAAGUCGGGGCUGCUCAUCGACAGCCUCCUGCCCCCCGUGGGUGUCCCCCUCAACGGGCUGGACGCGGCGGGGACGCGGCUCGUGUGCGGCGGAGACACCGAGAAGGUUUACGUGUGCACCGGCAUCGCCGCGCACUGACCGGCGGCGGUGGGGGGGGGCGGGGGAGGUCUUGAGUCUGCGUCGUUUGCAAAUGUCUGCAACUUCUGCAACAUCUGCUUCGUGUGCAACGUCUGCAACGUCUGCAAAUGUCUGCGUCGUCUGCGUCAUUGUAUUCGGUGUCUGCAACAUCUACAACAUCUGCGUCAUCUACAACAUCUGCGUCGUCUUCGCUUGCGACAUUGUAUUCGGUGUCUGCGUCGUCUCCCUCGUUUGCAACUUUUGCAUCGUCUGCAACUUCUGCAAGUUCGGGGUCUGCAACGUCUGCGUCAUCUGCAACGUCUGCAUCGUCUGCGCUUGCGUCAUCGUCUUCGGCGUGUGUGGUGUCUGAGUCUGCAACGUCUGCGUCGUCUGCAUCGUCUGCGUCAUUGUAUUCGGUGUCUGCAACAUCUGCGUCGUCUACAAAUGUCUGCAACGCCUGCGUCGUCUGCAUCAUUGUAUUCGGUGUCUGCAACAUCUGCGUCGUCUACAAAUGUCUGCAACGCCUGCGUCGUCUGCAUCAUUGUAUUCGGUGUCUGCAACAUCUGCGUCGUCUACAAAUGUCUGCAACGCCUGCGUCGUCUGCAUCAUUGUAUUCGGUGUCUGCAACAUCUGCGUCGUCUACAAAUGUCUGCAACGUCUGCGUCGUCUUCGCUUGCGUCAUUGUAUUCGGUGUCUGCGUCGUUUGCAACUUUUGCGUCGUCUGCGUUGUCGGCAAAUUUCUGCGUCGUCUGCGUCGUCUGCAACGUAGCGGUGCGGUGAAAUCAUCGCCACUGACCUCUCUUGUGCCGUGCCGGCCUUCAUAGGCGCUCGCUAAGAGCACUUGCCCCAACAGUCUGUUACAGGCUAUACAGGGGAUCUUUGUCUUUGGGGCGCGCGGUGGCGAGAUAUUCACUCCCUCAUCAUCACGGUGGCUAGGAGAUGUUAACAACCUCGCCUGGUGUACAGGAGGUCGUGGGUUCCGAUCCCGACCCUGACGACGCCUGUUCUCAUAUUUGGAGUCUGCGUCUCUCUCUCGCUCUCAUCAUCAUCACGGUGGCUAGGAGAUGUUAACAACCUCGCCUGGUGUACAGGAGGUCGUGGGUUCCGAUCCCGACCCUGACGACGCCUGUUCUCAUAUUUGGAGUCUGCGUCUCUCUCGCUCAUCAUCAUCACGGUGGCUAGGAGAUGUUAACUCCCUCGCCUGGUCUAUAGGAUGUCGUGGGUGCGACCCCGAUAUAGUGUGACGCCUGCUGCUGUAUAUUUGGAGUCUGCGUCUCUCUCGCUCUCAUCAUCAUCACGGUGGCUAGGAGAUGUUAACAACCUCGCCCGGUCUACAGGAUGUCGUGGGUGCGACCCCGAUAUAGUGUGACGCCUGCUGCUGUAUAUUUGGAGUUUGCGUGUCUCUCUCUUUCCGUUGGUCGCGUGGAUUUUUCUCCGGGUAACCUCCUGGUUUUUCACAUUCAAAAUCGACAUCGCACGCUUAAGAGCAUUUGGCCGCAAUACAUUUCUAAGCUGAUGAAGCCACUUGGUUGAGCUUUCAUCAUUUGUGGUCGUCGCUUCUGAAAAAGAUCUGCACGGCACGGUGCUAGUGUGGGCCCUUGCACCUGGUAACGAUGAGAAUAGUUGAUCUUGGUUCUUUUGGUAAAGUCACCAUGUAGAAGGGAAAUAAUAAAAUAAUAAAAAUAAAACAUCAUAAAAUACAAUUCUCACAAAGGGACAUAAAAUAAUAAAAAUAAAACACAAUUCUCACAAAGGGAAAUAAUAAAAUUAAAAAAAUAAAACAUAAUAAAAUACAAUUCUCACAAAGGGAAAUAAUAAAAUAUUAAAAAU